CUCAUUUUCUUGAGGCGGCGAAGAAAAAGAAAGCGAAGGAUUUUUCGUGCGCGUUGUGGAUCCUAGAGUUUACGGAAGCGGCUACAAGAUGACGGAAACGUUUUCGGAUACCGGGAGACUGGUCAAGAUGGAGGUGGACUACAGUUCCACCGUGGACGAGAAGGUGCCGGUGUGUGAAGCUCUCGCAAAGCAAGGGAAGCUGAAAGAAGCCCUGGACACACUGCUGUCUCUGGAGAAGCAGACGAGAACGGGUGGUGACACACACUCGACGUCGCGGGUGCUGGUGACCAUUGUGCGCCUGUGCUUCGAGAGCGGGGACUGGGCUGCACUCAACGAGCAGGUGCUGGGCCUCACCAAACGGCGCAGCCAGAUGAAGCAGGCGGUGGCCAAGAUGGUGCAGGAGUGCCUCACCUACAUAGACAAGCUGCCAGACAAGGAGACCCAGCUGCGCUUGAUCGACACCCUCCGCACCGUCACCGCAGGAAAGAUCUAUGUGGAGGUGGAGCGGGCCCGGCUGACCCACAAGCUGGCCCAGAUGAAGGAGGCAGAGGGGAAUGUGGCAGAGGCCGCCACCAUCAUGCAGGAGCUGCAGGUGGAGACGUUUGGGUCGAUGGACAAGCGUGAGAAGGUGGAGCUGAUCCUGGAGCAGAUGCGGCUGUGCCUGGCCAAGAAGGACUACGUCCGCACCCAGAUCAUAAGCAAGAAGAUCGCCCCCAAGUUCUUCGACGACCCUGAACAGCAGGACCUGAAGCUGCGCUACUACCGCCUGAUGAUUGAGCUGGACCAGCACGAGGGGUCGUACCUGGCCAUCUGCCGCCACUACUCGGCCCUGUACCGCACCGACAGUGUGCAGGAGGACCCCAAGCAGCGCCAGGAGGCCCUGAAGAAGCUGCUGCUGUUCCUGGUGCUGUCCCCCCACGACAAUGAGCAGCACGACCUGCUGCACCGCACCAAGGCGGACAAGCGGCUGGACGAGCUGCCCCAGUACCAGGAGCUGCUCAAGCUCUUCCUCACCCCGGAGCUCAUCAACUGGCGCAGCCUCUGCCAGGCCUACGAGGCAGAGCUGCGCACCGCCCAGGGCGCCGUCUUUGCCCAGGGGGACGAGAUGGGCGAGCGCCACUGGAAGGACUUCAAGAGCCGCGUCGUGGAGCACAACAUCCGUGUGAUGGCCCAGUACUACACACGCAUCACUCUGCAGCGCAUGUCUCAGCUUCUGGACCUCUCGGAGAAGGGCACGGAGGAGCUUCUGUCGGAGCUGGUGGUGGCCAAGCGGGUGUGGGCCAAGGUGGACCGGCUGGACGGGGUGGUCAGCUUCAGCCGCCACCAGGAGCCCAACGAGGUGCUGAACGACUGGUCGCGCAACCUCAACAGCCUCAUGGCCCUGCUGAGCAAGACUAGCCACCUCAUCUCCAAGGAGGAGAUGAUCCACAGGCACCUGCACCCCACCGGAGGAACGCCCCCGCACCAGGAGGCCUAAGCACCCCCCCCCCCCAUGAGCCCUGUACAGAACAGACACCAGUAAACGGCUUUCGGAUACGCC